CGAGGUGAACCGGAGACACACCGGCCGGACAGCUGAGUGCGUUCACGACCUCCGACUCGUUCCCGAUAACCGACGUUCACAGGACACGUUUUAAACCGGAGACAAUUCGCGUAUUUUUGCAUUCCAGGUGAAUUUUAGAGCGACGCAAGCCUGAAACUCACAGAGGCUCCGACAGCAUCAUGCUCAGUCUACUGCGCCCCCUACUGGCCAUCUGCCCCUACCUGCUGCUGCUGCUGCCCGGUAGACACUGCAGGAUCCUCGGCUACAACAAUGGCUUUCACUACCAGGACAUCAGCAACGGCAACGGGAACGGAGAGAUCUAUUUCAAUGGGGUUCGUCUCCAUGUGGAAUCCCCCCAGCCUUCAGUGUCGGCCAUGAGGGGGAGCAGUGUCACCCUUCCCUGUCACUACCACUACGAGCCUGAGCUGGCCACACCACGCAGGACUCGUGUCAAAUGGUCCUGGCUGCCUGCCAACACCAUCACUGCACCUGUUUCCCCUGAAGCCUUUGCCAGGGAGACUGAGGUUAUGGUCGCCAUGGGCAACCGUCACCGUAGCUACGGCAGCUUCCGGGGUCGCGUGCGGCUGAGGCGCUCAGCGCCAGGAGACAUGUCUCUGGUGAUCAAUGAGCUUCAACUCAAUGACACAGGAAGAUAUCGGUGUGAGGUGAUAGACGGCCUGGAGGAUGAGAGUGUGACAGUGGAGCUGGAGCUGCGGGGUGUGGUGUUCCCCUACUACUCUCAGAAAGGACGCUACCAUUUUAACUUCUUUGGGGCUCAUCAAGCAUGCCAGGAUCAGGACGCCACUCUGGCUACAUUUGAGCAGCUCUUCACAGCGUGGGAAGAGGGGCUAGACUGGUGUAAUGCUGGCUGGCUGGCUGAUGGAACCGUACAGUAUCCAAUAACGGUCCCACGUGAUGGCUGUGGGGGGGAAGACUUAGCUCCAGGUUUGCGAACUUAUGGACAGCGACAUCAGCUUCUCCACCGCUAUGAUGCUUUCUGCUUCUCAGCCUCUGUCAAGGGAACUGCAUACUUCUUAAAGCAGCCGACCAAGCUCAACUUCACUGAAGCAGUCCAGGCCUGUGCCAGUGAUGGAAGUCAAAUUGCCAAAGUGGGGCAGCUUUACGCCGCAUGGAGGCUGAUGGGACUGGACCGCUGUGACGCAGGCUGGCUGGCUGAUGGAAGUGUCCGUUACCCUAUCACAAAGCCUCGGGCUAACUGUGGCCCAUUGCAACCAGGUGUGCGCAGUUUUGGGUUCCCACCACCGUACCUGAAAUUUGGUGUCUACUGUUAUCGAUAGACUUUCUGACUCAGCACAAAACAGAAACAAACAGUGAACUGGUUCAAAGCUCUGCUCGGGACGGGAGGGUAGCAUUAGCUGUAGCCUGGAUGCAAGUUAGCAGUUAGCUAGUUUGUUCAUUUCUGAGCUGUUUUAAAGUGAUUUGGGUUAAUCACUCUCCACCUCCAUGAGACCAACUUCUCAGUGUUAAACUUAACCACCAGUCAACAACCGUUAAACUGUGCACACCCAUCAAGUGAUGCCACUUGUACAUGACUAAAUAUCUACACCAUAUGGUCAAAAGUUUGUGGACACUGGAACAUCAUAUGCAUAUGUAGCUGUUGAACAUCUUAUUAUAAAACCAUGGGCAUGAUUAUACUGCUAUGAGAACCUUCACUUUUCUUUGAAGCUGUAAACCAUAUUAUGGAAAUUGGUGUGAGUUAUCAUACUGUUGCCUUACAUGUGGAGGCACACUGUCAAAAUUUUAUAUUUUUGAUGUAGCAGAAAGGUUUCCAUUUGACCUGAGGAGACAAGCCCUAACCAUAAAAACAGUCCUAGACAAAAAGUACAUUAAAAGUGUAUGGACUUGUCUACAUACUAUUGUCUAAAGAGUGUACAGUAUAGGGUCUCAAUGUCAACAGCAUUCUGCAGAAAAAACAUCAUGCCAUGAUUAGUUCUUGGAUUCAGUUAUUUGGGUUAUAAAUUUCCUUCAUAGCUAAUUUAAUUUUACCAGUUCUAGUAUUUGCCUGAACAUUCUUGAAUUUGCUCCACUGCCGUCACAGACUUUAAUUAACAGAUGAGACAUUUCAGAACCAGGGAAGAAAAGUCUUCAUAUUUAAAUGAUUUCAAUGCUCUCCAUACAUACCUCAGUCUUUCAUCCACCCCUUAUUUAUUGGACAAAACCAUUCAACAAUUUCCAUCGCCUUUUUAAGCAGUGUCCUCCAGAACAGUAACAAACAUUUAGACAUUCACUCUUGGCAGCUUCAUACUACAAUCACAUACUUUUGAGCCUUGCCAAAGGGCACCUUGAUGGUUGAGCGAGUGGAGAGUAUUUCUUGUUAUUUCCCUGUCAGAUCUUCCCAGUUGGUCCACAGAUUUCCAUCUUAAGACUGCUAACUUUAGAUUAUUUCCACUACAGACUCCUUCUGCCUGUCUAGCAAUGUGAAAUAUACUGUGUAUCCAAUUUUAUAAGCUAUAACGUGUCUCUUUUUCAUUUUUCUAAGGGUGAUCAAGAGUAGUGUUCUGUGCUGGAGAAAGCAGAAUUUCUGAGUGAUUCUUUGUAUUGUUCUUAUAUCUAAACUACCUUGUUUACAUACAUUGUGGAAGAAGAAACAGUGUUUUGUUACACCUGUGUAUCUUUCUUGUUUUUCACUAUGUCUACACAUUUGUACUAUUUUCUACAAAUUAAUAAAAACACUGCUGUAAAUACAA